AUGGAUAACAGCAAUGGAUCUGCAAACACAGGCACAGGCAAAGCAUCAGCAUCACAAGUAGAACCAAACCCAGAUCCUGAGCGUCAAAACCGAAAACGGAAGAAUGUAUCAGCAGAGUGUUCUGGAGAAGUGGAAACUGGCGUUCCAACAGCCAAGCGGCGCGAUGUGCGACGGCGACGGAAACCGCCAUCGACCGUCGUUCCAACGUCAGCUUCAUCUAACCUGCCAUCUUCAUCCGCUAUCCUGGGGACGUCCGUGGAAUUGCCGCCGGGAGCCGCACCCGCGCCUGGCCUGUCCAUGCCGAGCAUUUCGAGCUCGGAAAAAAGCUCCUUGGGCAGCAGCAACAGCAAAACCGACGUUUGCGGUUUCACCUCCGACACGCAGGGCUCCUCCGAGUGCUUCACGGAAGUGAUCGAGUUCGACUACAACCUCGACAGCCCUGUCAUGAUCAACUCGAACGUGUUAAGUCCACCCUCGGAUGCUACCCUUGGAGAUGUCAAAGAAAACCGCGAAUUUCUGGGGAAGAGGAAUUUGUUGAGGCAUCGGGAGGAUGGCACCAAAAAAGUAAAUUCCUGCUAUCUGACCCCUUCGUACAAACAGCAAAAUUGCCCGCUUCCAGAGUUUUCGUGGGUCAAGCGUCAGGAGAUGUGGAGCAUGAUGUGCCGAAAGGACGAUCUUGCUUGGCUUGACCGGGAACCAAGCAUGUUCGACAACCAUCCAGGUCUGCAACCCCGAAUGCGCUCGAUUCUGCUCGACUGGCUGAACGAGGUGUGCGAAGUGUACAAACUGCACCGAGAGACGUUCUACCUUGCGAUGGACUACGUCGAUCGGUAUCUGAGCCGUAGGAAGGAGAUGAAAAAGACGCACCUCCAGCUUCUCGGUAUCACUGCGCUGUUCAUCGCGGCGAAGGUGGAAGAGAUAUAUCCUCCCAAAAUAGGAGAAUUCGCAUACGUCACCGACGGUGCAUGCACCGCAGAGGAUAUCUUGCAAGAAGAGCUGCUAGUGCUUUGCGACCUCGAUUGGAAUGUCAACCCGGUAACGGCUAUCGGGUGGCUGGGGUUGUACAUGCAGACAAACGUUAGCCACCGAGACAUGAACAUGAGUCAGGUGCGACACUCACGGACAGAAAGUGUCGGCAACUCACCGUACUCCAAUCAGAAAGACAAGCGGUUGAAGGUUAGCGAUGAAAAUGCGACAAGUCCGCAGCAGGCGUUGGGAAAGAAGCCCGCCGCUUCUAAGAUUAAUGAUGCGUUCAUGUAUCCGCAAUUCUCCGGCAUGGAGUACGCACACACGGCCCAGCUGAUCGACCUCUGUUCGCUGGACAUGGGAAUGACGAAUUUUAAGUAUUCUGUGAUUGCGGCUGCCGCCGUCAGCCAUACGUUCGAUCGAAAAACCGCGACGCGUGUAUCGGGGCUGAACUGGGAAGAUAUUGCGCCCUGCGCCAAGUGGAUGGAACCGUUCUUCCAAGUGAUCUGCGAAGUGAACGCUACCUACCCGCUAACAUUCCUGGAAUCGAAUGAAUCCCUCAAGUUCAGCAACGGAUUGAACCACGUCUGUCCUAACCUAGUCGCUGAUAACUCCCACAUCAUCCAGACGCACACCACCUCGCUGGAAAUGCUCGAUUUGGUAAGCAUAAAAAUAGAAGAGAUGGAAUCGUCGAUGCGUAUGGGGCUACUGGAAGCUUCGCCAGCACCAGGCGGCAUCGAGCCAGAGGGUGGCAUGUUAACGCCACCAGCAUCAAACCGAAAAUCGUUGGAAGCAGUAGGAGGUGUUAUCACUACCGUUUCAUCAUUAGCCUCAGAAUCAAUCACUGCAGAGCUUUCCUAG